CUGAGGCCGGGGAGGGUGUUUCCCUGCCCGGCCUCUGGGCGGGUCUAUCCCCCCCCCCCCCCCCCCCCCCCACCCCCAUCCACCACCACCACCACCCCCUGCCUUCAGCCACUCACUACUUCAGGACGCACUCCUCGCCCGGACGCGCACGUGGGUAGAUCAUUACGGCUGGAUACGGUCGCACACGCACACGCGCGCGCAGCCCCCCCCCUCACCACGCUCAUCCAGACGUUCCUUGCACCCUGUUAUGUCUCUGAUCCGGUCUCUGGUCCGGUCUCUGAUCCGCUCCUUCCCGAGCCCCGGAGAAACGACCCGCAGCCCGAACCCGGAGCCCGAGAGCGCGCGCCUGCCCCAACCCCCCCCCAUCCGGACGCACAGCCCCGCGCGCUUCAGGUUGAGUCGCUGCGCAGAAGUAUGGUAGAUAAAGGCCCUUUGCUGACUUCUGCCAUCAUCUUCUACCUCUCGAUCGGGGCGGCGAUAUUCCAGGUCCUGGAGGAGCCCAACUGGAAACGCGCCGCGAAGCAGUACAGAGCCCAGAAGGACCGAAUCCUGGAGGACUACCCCUGUCUGUCCAAGGAUGAUCUGGACAAAAUAUUAGAGAUAGUGUCGGAUGCUGCAGGCCAAGGCGUGACUAUAACGGGCAGUAAGACCUUCAACAACUGGAACUGGCCCAAUGCCGUCAUCUUUGCCGCCACCGUUAUCACCACCAUUGGAUAUGGAAACAUCGCCCCGAAGACGUCUUCCGGACGAGUGUUUUGCAUCUUCUACGGCCUGUUUGGAGUGCCGUUGUGUCUCACCUGGAUCAGUGAGCUGGGGAAGUUCUUUGGGGGCAGAGCCAAGCACCUGGGCCAGUACUUAACCAAAAAAGGAUUUUCACUGAGAAAAGCUCAGUUUACCUGCACAGCUAUCUUUCUCCUCUGGGGAGUGCUGGUCCAUCUAGUCCUUCCCCCUCUAGUGUUCAUGUCUCAGGAGGGUUGGACAUAUAUCGAAGGAUUGUACUUCUCAUUCGUCACCUUGACCACAAUUGGUUUUGGGGACUUAGUCGCAGGUGUGGAACCAAAUAAAGAGUAUCCAACGCUCUAUCGCUACUUUGUGGAGGUAUGGAUCUAUUUGGGGCUGGCCUGGCUGUCUUUGUUCUUCAACUGGAAAGUGAGGAUGGUUGUGGAGGCCCACAAGGCCUUAAAGAAGCGCCGCAAGCUGCGGAAGCUCUCCCUGGAGGAGCUGCGGCACUACAAGGAGUCCCACAAGGCGUCCCUCCGGUUGCCGCCCACUCCCAACGACGUCAACAUCUUCAGCUUCUUGUCCAAGAAGCAGGAGGGCUACAACGACCUGAUCAAGCAGAUCGGCAACAAAAAGGAGGGCCGAGGCAGCGCCGGGGGCGCUAGCAAGAAGGCCAAAGAGAUCAACCGGUCCAAGAGCUGUAACGACGCGCCCAUGUUCAACGGCCACACCAUCCUCAGCCUGGACCGAUCGCCGCGCCAGAAGAGACGCUACAGCUUCAGCGACCGCGUCACGGUGGCCUUCUCCAAGUCCAAGAACUACCUGCUGGGCUCGGACAGCGGCUCGCUGCUCACCGAGGACCACGUGGAGGCCGACGGGGACCAGGACCGAAUGUACGAGAACCAGCUCGACAAGGACGUGGAACUCGAGAGCGGAGGGGCGGGGGAAAGGGGAGCCGGUGGCCGGAGGACAUGGGACUCCAAGGAGUACCAUCCUCUGACCAUCCAAAACGCCAACAUUACUUUUAUAGACGAGGAAAACUUUCUCAGCAACAACUUGGAGGAAUUGGAGGAGGAAGACGACGACUACGACGACGAUGAGGGCGACGACGAUGACGAUUCUAAAGCGAAACUCUCCAUUACCACAUGUGAUGAAAACAUUGAGACGAACUCUAAGGAGGACCAGAGCUCUGAGUCUGAGGGCUCCCUUUUCACCAGUGACAGUUCGGAGCACAGCCACUCCUACGAAAAGCUCGUCGAGGAAUAUACAAAGGAGGACAACACGAAACCCUGAUCCCCUCCAGCCAGUCAGUGGAAGGUCAGCACAUCCUCCGGGUCCUCUGCUGUUGACCGGCUCCGCAUUGAAGUGUCUCUGUUCCCAGGUGACCCAUUCAAAAGGAUAUCAAAGGCCUCAUUGCACUUUGAGGGUCUCUAAAGUCAAGAUCAAAUUUCAAAUCGGUGAUCUGUGAAAAUACCUUGACUCGUUUUUAGCGUCAAGUUUCCUUCUAAAAUCUCAAUCAAAUGAUGUCCUGAAUCAUGGACCUAAGAGCCUAACUUGUAAUCCCAUGAGUAUUUAACUCUGCUCUAUUUAUGCAUUUAUUUUUAUUUUUUUUUACACAGUUUCAAAAACUUACUGCCAAAUAUUUUAUUGUAAUGUCCAAACAAACAGCUUUUCUCCACAAGUGAUUAGUUUUCUUUUAUUUUCUACACAUAGGCUGAAAUUCUAUGUGGAAAUGUGUUUUGAUUUCCCAUGAUUUCAAUUUCUAUUCACCAUAUUGGUGUUUUUAAUGAUAUUUAUUGAAAAUGGUGGCCAUGGUAGCAUAUGUUCAAUUGCUACAUGGAUUUAUUCAUCUCCCGUUGCACAAUUCAGUCAGAUGAGGGCGUAUCAAAGUCCACUCCAGGGCAGACUGUCCUUCUGUAACCUGAGCCGAAACAUUUUGUCUUAAAGAAAUGAAGGGUUUAAGGGCCAAUGCCUCCGUUGUUUAAAUCGAUGUUUCAUUUAUUUUUGUGAAAUCCAUUUUAUCUUUCUGUGUCUCAGAUCGCUGUGUAUAAUCCGAGCAACUAAACUGUGAUGACCAGAGGUGAUCAGAGAAGCCUUUUCAACAGCUGAGCCCUCAAACCCGCUUUUGACCUAAAAUAAUCAUUAACAGAGACGCUGCUAACCGAGUUAGUCUUCUAAACACACUCGUGCGUCCUUUCCGAUCUCAGGAAGCGCCUCUAAGCAGGUUUUGAACUGAUUGCUUUUGCUCCUGUCUGCAGGCCAGCCGACAGCUCAGCGAAUUUUUUUUUUGCGAAUUCUGCUUCGGUGUUCGAUGAAGACAAAGCCGUCACAGCCACAACAUUCCCACUUUCAGUCUCACUCUUUCACUUGAUUUUUUUGUAUUUGUCUUGUAAAUAUUGGCUGGGAGCCCGGCGGUAGCUCCAAACACGGUUCUGCAAAUGACACGUAGCCUUGCCCCCCCCGGGGGGGCCUCCCACCGGCACAGACCACUGAAGUGCCGCUAGUCACAGGCAGCCAAGGUUAGCCGCGCGGGUCGAUGCUCUCCUGACGCAUGAGGCCGGGUCGUGUUGGUAUCGGUGCUCCUAACGGUUAGCUAGCGCCUCCCCCGCUGUUUCCGUGUGCUUCCCAGUCUCAGCGCUGGAUGUGCUGCUGAUCCGCUGCCAUUUGCACACGUUAGUUUGCACACAAAUUUGAAACGGGGUUACUUUUAGAAGGUAAAAUUGCAAUGAAAAGGUGUCAAAAAAAGGGCUUCUGAUAACCAUAUUUAGUGAAUUUAUGCAACCAAACGGAAUAUCAGUGGGUUCUCUUUUUUUUAAUUAAAUUUUUCCCAUCAUGCAUUAACACAAAUUGCACAAUCUGACCUGUAGCUCUGCCACACAAGUGACUGUUAAUCGAAUAGCCUUAAUUCCUCUGCAAAGCAGUGGAAACACAAUACAGUGUAACAUUGAAUGUAUUUUUUGCAGCCACUCACUGAACGUUUUUUAACCUUUCACGAUCUUCUUUAACUUUUCAUUCUCUCCUGGUUGUGUUUCAUCCCUGGGUCACCGCUCGGUGUCUCUGUCCUCUCUCACUUUCACUGGCUGUCAGGAUGUUAGCACAGCGUCGCUAUGCAGCCGAGGUACUUUGUGUCAGCUGAAUUUCAAGUAUGUGUGAGGAUGAUUAACUCUGAACAAGUUAGGCAGGUUGUUUGAAGUUUUCCUCUUUGUGUCGCUCCAUUUUGUGAAAACUCCAGCGUAGGCGCCUGUGUAGUUUUUACGUGUCUUUUUUAAAAGUUUAAGUUAUUCAUGUUUGUAUGUUUGUUUGUAUAUGAAUUUCAACAAAACUGUACAUUUCCUGUAAAAUAAACAUUAAAUAUACAA